GGACCAAGGAGACGACGACAACAACGAAGACGUCAAUGGGUUUUUAAGUAGUGCGGCUGGCGCUAAAGCGAGGAAGAGGGUAAGUAGCCACGCGUGACAGCCAUUCAUCCAUCGAUCGAUCGAUCUCUCGCUCACUCCCGUCUUGCCCCCGCCCUACUUCUGUCGACCUCGUCUUCGCAGAAGAACAAACGCAAACGCACCACAGCCCAGUCUGGACGAGUACAACCAGUGGACUGGGAUGCCGAGUAUGACCCACGCGUGCCAAAUGACUAUUCCGCUUGGAGGGAGGUGGUGCGUUCCCGUCGGCGGGCGAUCAAGGAUCGUGAGAGGGAGACUCGAGCUAUGAGGGAGUGGGAGGAAAGAAGACGGGAUGCUGAGCACGGCUGGCAGGGGGAAGGAGCGGCGCGAUCUCCCCAUGGGUACGGAUAUGGGCGUGGAUCGGCAACGGGGAUGGCGCCGCGCCGCUGCGAGGAUGACGAACAGGAGCAAGAGGAGGAGAAGCUCUACAUCUCCACCUCCGUCUCGCCCCCUGCAAGUCAUCAACCACCACCACCAGCAGUAGCACCACCGCCGCCAGAUGGAGAGCCGCCGAGCGACCCACCUGGGCCCCCGCCUGGCCCUCCCCCUCCUCUACCUCCUCCUGCUGCUGCGCCAACGAGCGCCAGUCUGUCCGGCGAAGAGGCAUACCAGCGUAGGCUGGCAAUGAGCAUGAGCGCCGCUCCCCAACCCGCCGCAUCAACAUUAAUAUCCACACCAGGCCAGCCAAGCGGUUCCGCCCCUGUCCCUCCACUAACAGCAACUGCAACUGCAACUGCAACACCCUCAUCAGCUCGAUCAGCCGCAGAGGCCAUAGCUGCUCGUCUGGCGGCGGCUGCCCCUCCUGCUCCUCCUCCUGCUCCUGCCCCUUCAACCUCUACAACAGGCCACGCCGCAACCUCACAGCAAGAAUCAGAUCCCACAACCUUUGCGAAUCGCAUGAUGUCCCAGUGGGGCCACGAAGCGGGCAAAGGCCUUGGUGCCGAUGAGGCGCGGUUGGGACGAAGUGAAGCCUUGGUGAUGGAAAAGGUUCCCCACAAAAAGAAGGCGGGGUGGGGACCCGCACAUUUACGAGGAGGGGAAGGCACAGCCGCAGGUGCUGGCGCAGGGCCAUCCAAGGGCAAAUGGACCUCCAGGGACCCUCAAGCCCAAGUAGAUUUCCACCACUUCGGUCCCCCAUCUCGCGUCGUGCUGUUAGAGGGGAUCAUCAACUCGUACGAGGACGUUCACCUCAAUCCCGAUCUCGAGGAGGAAAUCCGCCAAGAAGCUGUUCCCCUCGGUGUGGUGGAGGAGGUACGUCUCUCCCCUCCCACUCGGGUGUUUGUCGUCUUUACUGGGAUGGCGGGGGCGUGGGGUUGCGUGAGGGGAUUGGAUGGACGUUUCUUUGCUGGGAGAAAGGUGAGGGCUAGAUAUUACGGGGAGGAGUGGUGGGACAGGGUGGAUCUUUGGAGACAUUGAAAAGAGAUGCGGAUACGAUGCGAUGCGAUGCGCGGCAGGGGUGGAGACGGGCUCGAUUGUUUGGAAGAGUGUGCUGGUAUUGGUGGGGCCAUGGGGCCGGAAAUGAAAUGCGAUGCAUGGAUACAUACUCUCGAGAUGUCCUUCUUGUCGUCUGGUCCCUCCCAUCAAUCAAGCCUGCACAUUCCCCGUCGUCGUCGUCGUCGUCGUCGUACCCGUCGUACCCUGUCCACUCGCCGGCGUACCAUCCACAUCCACCUGGGCGGCCCCCACGGGCACCUGCAUGGCCUCGGUCCUACCAGGCUGUUGUGCCUCAUAAGCGGGCGGGCCCUCCUCUUCUCCACGAGCAGCAGCCGCUUUUCGGGCCGCCUCUUCCUGACGCUUCUUGCGGCCUGGCUGCUCGUCUUCGGGCAGGGCGCCCUUAUCGUCGCAGCAGUGGCAGCGGCAGCAUUU